AUGAACAAGACCAUGAGAGACUCUCAAACCAGCACUAACUUGGCUAUGAGCAGACCAAAUACUUCAUCCCACCUAAGUACACAAACCCUUAGAGAACACAAUUCCCAGGACACAGCCACCUAUGGAAAAACAGGAACUUCAUCUGCUUCCACUGUAAGCAACAAAUCUUCCAUGACGUCAGAUAUGUCCAAGUCACUGAACUCCACAGAGAACAUUUCAGUCUUUUCUAGUGCAAGCAAAACACAUGUCGUGACAUCAGAGUUCCGCCAAACACUAAUCUCCACAGACACCACUGUGGGAAACACACAAAACACAUCAUACCCUGAAACAUCAAGUUUUACUGCUAUCACAUUAACAAUCUCAGAGUCAACUGGACUAGAGGAACAGUCCAUGGCACCCUCUUCCAUCACUUCUGCUUCAGAGACAACAGUGUCUUCUCAACGCCACAGGACUCAGACGAUGGACACCAUCAGGGAAUCUCAAACCAGCACUAUCUCAGCAGUGAUCACAUCAACUCCUUCAUCAUCCCUAAGUGGACACACCCUUACAGAGAGCAUCUCACAGGAGACUUCCACCUCUGGGGAAGCACGCACUUCAUCUCCUUCCAGCAUCAGCCACAAACCUUCCACAACGUCAGAAAUGCCCACGUCAACAACCUCCAUAAAGGACACUUCAGUCUCCUCCAGUACAAGCAACAGACAUCAAAUGACAUCACAGGUUCCCCAAACGUCUAUUUCCACAGACACCACUGAAGAAAACACAAAACACACAUCAUACCCUGAAACAGCAAAUUUUACUGAAGUCACCUCAAUACCCUCAAGGACAUCUGGAGUAGAGGAACAGUCCACGGCACACUCUUCCAUCACUUCUGCUUCAGAGACAACAGCGUCUUCUCAACGCCACGGGACUCAGACCAUGGAUACCAUCAGGGAAUCUCAAACCAGCACUAUCUCAGUAGUGAUCACAUCAACUCCUUCAUCAUCCCUAAGUGGACACACCCUUACAGAGAGCAUCUCACAGGAGACUUCCACCUCUGGGGAAGCACGCACUUCAUCUCCUUCCAGCAUCAGCCACAAACCUUCCACAAUGUCAGAAAUGCGCACGUCAACAACCUCCAUAAAGGACACUUCAGUCUCCUCCAGUACAAGCAACAGACAUCAAAUGACAUCACAGGUUCCCCAAACGUCUAUUUCCACAGACACCACUGAAGAAAACACAAAACACACAUCAUACCCUGAAACAGCAAAUUUUACUGAAGUCACCUCAAUACCCUCAAGGACAUCUGGAGUAGAGGAACAGUCCACGGGACACUCUUCCAUCACUUCUGCUUCAGAGACAACAGCGUCUUCUCAACGCCACGGGACUCAGACCAUGGAUACCAUCAGGGAAUCUCAAACCAGCACUAUCUCAGUAGUGAUCACAUCAACUCCUUCAUCAUCCCUAAGUGGACACACCCUUACAGAGAGCAUCUCACAGGAGACUUCCACCUCUGGGGAAGCACGCACUUCAUCUCCUUCUAGUGUCAGCCACAAACCUUCCACAGUGUCAGAAAUACACACGUCAACAUCCUCCACAGAUGACACUUCAGUCUCCUCCCCUGCAAGCAAGUCACAUGCAGUGACAUCAGAGGUUUCCGUAACACCAGUAUCAACAGACACCACUGGAGGAAACACAAAACACACAUCACACUCUGAAACAGCAAGUUUUACCCCAGUCACCUCAACUCUCUCAAUGUCAACUGGACUAAGAGAACACUCCAUGGCACACUCUUCAGUCACUUCUGCUUCAGAGACAACAGCGUCUUCUCAAAGUCACGGGACUCAGACCAUAGACACCGACAGGGAAUCUCAAACCAGCACUAUCUCAGCAGUGAUCACAUCAACUCCUUCAUCAUCCCUAAGUGGACACACCCUUACAGAGGGCACCUCACAGGAGACAUCCACCUCUGGGGAAGCAAGGACCUCAUCUCCUUCCAGCAUCAGCCACAAACCUUCCACAGUGUCAGAAAUGCCCACGUCAACAAUCUCCACAGAAGACACUUCAGCCUCUGCCAGUACAAGCAACAGACAUCAAAUGAUAUCAGAGUUCCGCCAAACACCAAUCUCCACAGACACCACUGUAGGAAACACAAAACACACAUCAUACCCUGAAACAGCAAAUUUUACUGUAGUCACCUCAAUACCCUCAAGGACAACUGGAGUAGAGGAACAGUCCACGGCACCCUCUUCCAUCACUUCUGCUUCAGAGACAACAGUGUCUUCUCAACGCCACGGGACUCAGACCAUGGACACCAUCAGGGAAUCUCAAACCAGCACUAUCUCAGCAGUGAUCACAUCAACUCCUUCAUCAUCCCUAAGUGGACACACCCUUACAGAGGGCAUCUCACAGGAGACUCCCACCUCUGGGGAAGCAAGGACUUCAUCUCCUUCCAGCAUCAGCCACAAACCUUCUGCAACCUCAGAAAUGUCCCCGUCAACAUCCUCCACAGAUGACACUUCAGCCUCUUCCCAUGCAAGCAACACACAUCAAAUGACAUCAGAAUUCCUCCAAACGCCUGUUCCCACAGACACCACUGAAGGAAACACAAAACACAUAUCAUACCCUGAAACUGGAAGUUUGACCCCAGUCACCUCAAUACUCUCAGUGUCAACUGGACUAAGAGAACACUCCACGGCACGCUCUUCCAUCACUUCUGCUUCAGAGACAGCAACGUCUUCUCAAAGCCACAGGACACAGACCAAGGACAGCACCAGAGAAUCUCAAAGCAGCACGAGAUUGGCAGUGAUCACAACAACCCCUUCAUCCUCCCUAAAUGGACACACCCUUACAGAGAGCAUCUCACAGGAGACAUCCACCACUGGGGAAGCAAGGACCUCAUCUCCUUCCAGCAUCAGCCACAAACCUUCCACAAUGUCAGAAAUGCCCACAUCAACAACCUUCAUAAAUGACACUUUAGCCUCUGCCAGUACAAGCAACAGACAUCAAAUGACAUCACAGGUUCCCCAAACGUCUUUUUCCACAGACACCACUGAAGGAAACACAAAACACUCAUCAUACCCUGAAACAGCAAGUUUUACUGUAGUCACCUCAACCCUAUCAAAGUCAACGGGAGUAGAGGAACAGUCCAUGGCACCCUCUUCCAUCACUUCUGCUUCAGAGACCACAGCCUCUUCUCAGAGCCACAGGACCCAGACCAUGGACACCAUUAGGGAAUCUCAAACCAGCACUAUCUCAGCAGUGAUCACAUCAACUCCUUCAUCGGCCCUAAGUGGACACACCCUUACAGAGGGCAUCUCACAGGAGACAUCCACCUCUGGGGAAGCAAGGACUUCAUCUCCUUCCAGCAUCAGCCACAAACCUUCCACAGUGUCAGAAAUGCCCACGUCAACAACGUCCACAGAUGACACUGCAGCCUCUUCCCAUGCAAGCACUAGACAUCAAAUGACAUCACAGGUUCCCCAAACGCCUGUUUCCACAGACACCACUGAAGGAAACACAAAACACACACCAUACCAUGAAACAGCAAAUUUUACUGUAGUCACCUCAAUACCCUCAAGGACAACUGGACUAGAGGAACAGUCCACGGCACCCUCUUCCAUCACUUCUGCUUCAGAGACAACAGUGUCUUCUCAACGCCACGGGACUCAGACCAUGGACACCAUCAGGGAAUCUCAAACCAGCACUAUCUCAGCAGUGAUCACAUCAACUCCUUCAUCCUCCCUAAAUGGACACACCCUUACAGAGAGCACCUCACAGGAGACAUCCACCUCUGGGGAAGCAAGGACCUCAUCUCCUUCCAGCAUCAGCCACAAACCUCCCACAGUGUCAGAAAUGCCCACAUCAACAAUCUCCACAGAUGACACUUCAGCCUCUGCCAGUACAAGCAACAGACAUCAAAUGACAUCAGAGUUCCGCCAAACACCAAUCUCCACAGACACCACCGUAGGAAACACAAAACACACAUCAUACCCUGAAACAGCAACUUUUACUGCACUCACCUCAAUACCCUCAAUGACAUCUGGAGUAGAGGAACAGUCCACGGCACCCUCUUCCAUCACUUCUGCUUCAGAGACAACAGCGUCUUCUCAAAGCCACGGGACUCAGACCAUGGACACCAUCAGGGAAUCUCAAACCAGCACUAUCUCAGCAGUGAUCACAUCAACUCCUUCAUCGUCUCUAAGUGGACACACCUUUAUAGAGAGCAUCUCACAGGAGACUCCCACCUCUGGGGAAGCAAGGACUUCAUCUCAUUCCAGCAUCAGCCACAAACCUUCUGCAACCUCAGAAAUGCCCCCGUCAACAUCCUCCACCGAUGAUACUUCAGCCUCUUCCCGUGCAAGCACUAGACAUCAAAUGACAUCAGAGUUCCCCCAAACGCCUGUUCCCACAGACACCACUGAAGGAAACACAAAACACAUGUCAUACCCUGAAACUGGAAGUUUGACCCCAGUCACCUCAAUACUCUCAGUGUCAACUGGACUAAGAGAACACUCCACGGCACGCUCUUCCAUCACUUCUGCUUCAGAGACAGCAACGUCUUCUCAAAGCCACAGGACACAGACCAAGGACAGCACCAGAGAAUCUCAAAGCAGCACGAGAUUGGCAGUGAUCACAACAACCCCUUCAUCCUCCCUAAAUGGACACACCCUUACAGAGAGCACCUCACAGGAGACAUCCACCUCUGGGGAAGCAAGGACUUCAUCUCCUUCCAGCAUCAGCCACAAACCUUCCACAGUGUCAGAAAUGCCCACGUCAACAAUCUCCACAGAAGACACUUCAGCCUCUGCCAGUACAAGCAACAGACAUCAAAUGAUAUCAGAGUUCCGCCAAACACCAAUCUCCACAGACACCACUGUAGGAAACACAAAACACACAUCAUACCCUGAAACAGCAAAUUUUACUGUAGUCACCUCAAUACCCUCAAGGACAACUGGAGUAGAGGAACAGUCCACGGCACCCUCUUCCAUCACUUCUGCUUCAGAGACAACAGCGUCUUCUCAACGCCACGGGACUCAGACCAUGGACACCAUCAGGGAAUCUCAAACCAGCACUAUCUCAGCAGUGAUCACAUCAACUCCUUCAUCAUCCCUAAGUGGACACACCCUUACAGAGGGCAUCUCACAGGAGACUCCCACCUCUGGGGAAGCAAGGACUUCAUCUCCUUCCAGCAUCAGCCACAAACCUUCUGCAACCUCAGAAAUGUCCCCGUCAACAUCCUCCACAGAUGACACUUCAGCCUCUUCCCAUGCAAGCAACACACAUCAAAUGACAUCAGAAUUCCUCCAAACGCCUGUUCCCACAGACACCACUGAAGGAAACACAAAACACAUAUCAUACCCUGAAACUGGAAGUUUGACCCCAGUCACCUCAAUACUCUCAGUGUCAACUGGACUAAGAGAACACUCCACGGCACGUUCUUCCAUCACUUCUGCUUCAGAGACAGCAACGUCUUCUCAAAGCCACAGGACACAGACCAAGGACAGCACCAGAGAAUCUCAAAGCAGCACGAGAUUGGCAGUGAUCACAACAACCCCUUCAUCCUCCCUAAAUGGACACACCCUUACAGAGAGCACCUCACAGGAGACAUCCACCUCUGGGGAAGCAAGGACCUCAUCUCCUUCCAGCAUCAGCCACAAACCUUCCACAGUGUCAGAAAUGCCCACGUCAACAUCCUCCACAGAAGACACUUCAGCCUCUGCCAGUACAAGCAACAGACAUCAAAUGACAUCAGAGUUCCGCCAAACACCAAUCUCCACAGACACCACUGUAGGAAACACAAAACACACAUCAUACCCUGAAACAGCAAAUUUUACUGUAGUCACCUCAAUACCCUCAGGGACAACUGGAGUAGAGGAACAGUCCACGGCACCCUCUUCCAUCACUUCUGCUUCAGAGACAACAGCGUCUUCUCAACGCCACGGGACUCAGACCAUGGACACCAUUAGGGAAUCUCAAACCAGCACUAUCUCAGCAGUGAUCACAUCAACUCCUUCAUCAUCCCUAAGUGGACACACCCUUACAGAGAGCAUCUCACAGGAGACUUCCACCUCUGGGGAAGCACGCACUUCAUCUCCUUCUAGUGUCAGCCACAAACCUUCCACAGUGUCAGAAAUGCCCACAUCAACAAUCUCCACAGAAGACACUUCAGCCUCCUCCAGUACAAGCAACAGACAUCAAAUGACAUCAGAGUUCCGCCAAACACCAACCUCCACAGACACCACCGUAGGAAACACAAAACACGCAUCAUACCCUGAAACAGCAAGUUUUACUGCAGUCACCUCAAUACUCUCAAGGACAACUGGAGUAGAGGAACAGUCCACUGCACCCUCUUCCAUCACUUCUACCCCAGAGACAUCAGCAUCUUCUCAAAGUUACAGGACUCAAACCAUGGAGACCAUCAGGGAAUCUCAAACCAGCACUAUCUCAGCAGUGAUCACAUCAACUCUUUCACUGUCCCUAAGUGGACACACCCUUACACAAAGCAUCUCACAGGAGACAUCCACCCCUGAGAAUGCAAGCACUUCAUCUCCUUCCAGCGUCAGCCACAAACCUUCCGCAACCUCAGAAAUGCCCCUGUCAACAUCCUCCACAGAUGACACUUCAGCCUCUUCCCAUGCAAGCAACUCACAUGCAGUGACAUCAGAGGUUACCAUAACACCAGCAUCAACAGACACCACUGUAGGAUACACAAAACAUACAACACACCCUGAAAUAGGAAGUUUUACUCCAGUCACCUCAACACUCUCAAGGGCAACUGGAGUAGAAGGACACACAACACCCUCCUCUUCCAUUACUUCUACUGCAGAGAUGACAGCAUCUUCUCAUGACUACAGGACUCAGAGCAUGGAGACCAGCAGAGAAUCUCAAACCGACACUAUGUCAGUCUUCAUCACCUCAACUCCUUCAUCUUCCUUAAAUGGACACACUCUUACAGAGAUCGUCUCACAGGAGAUAUCCACCUCUAAGAAAGAAAGCACCCUAUCCUCUUCUAGUGUCAGCAUUGCACCUCUAGCAACAUCAGUUUUAUUGACAGUACCAACCUCAACAGAUACCACUGUAGGUAAUGGAAAGGACACAUCGACUCCUAUUACUAGAACUGUUAUUCCAGUCCCUUCAACAGUACCCAUGAAAAGUGGACUAGAAGUACAAUCAAUUGCAAUGUUUUCCAGCACAUCUACUCCAGGAACAUCAGCAUCUACCCAGAAUUACCAGACUCCAAGCCUAGAGACCACCAGAGAAUCUGAAUUCAGUGAAAUUACAUCAGCAACCACAUCAGCUCUUUUAUCUUUACCCAGUGGACAUACUCUUUCAGGGAGAAUUCCUCCGGCAAUAUCUCCUUCAGGUGAAGCAAUCACUUCACCUACUUCCAGUGACAGUAAAACACCUUUGAUGACAUCAGAGACAUUGACAGCCUCAACUUCAAUAGACACUACUGUGGAAAAUACAGGAGAUACAUCCCUACCUGUAACUAGUAGUUUUCCUCCAUUCAUUCCUAAUGUUUCUACUACAUGGCAGUCAGCAAUACAACCAACACCACUGUCUAUCAGUACUCCAGCUCCAAAAACAUCUACAGUUUUCCAUACCCACGCAGACACAGAGACAACAGGAUGGCCUCAUUCCAGCAGUUCAAUGUCAUUCAUUCCAGAUAAAACAACAUUCACUUCCUCAUCCUUCAGUGAUAGCGGUCACACAACUCAGUCACAAAAAGAACUGUUUUCAACACCAAUGGCUUCCACUAUACUGGUUACAGAAAGUUCAUCUUCUUCAAUAGCUAGCAGUAUUUCUUGGGUUACCUCUACAGUCUCAACAGUAGAUGAAGAAGUGCCAACCCCACACUCCUAUCUAAGCACAUCUCCUCAGGAAACAACAGUGGCAAUUUCCAAGUCUCACUGGACACAAGGCAUAGGGACCACUGGAGAUAUUCAUGUCAGCAGAAGCUCCAAUGUAACCCAAACCAUCAAAACAGUUACAUCUGCAUCUCCUUCAUCCUUACUAAGUGAACACACAUCUCAACAAACUAUAACAGCAAGCCCAGCAAGGCAGUCAACACCACUCUCUAGCAGCACCUCUUCUCAAGAAUCAUCAGUUGUUUCCCAGAUAGGUCAUACUCAAGGUCCACGGACCACACAAGAAUCCCAAACCACAAGUUUAAUCUUCCCCAUGACAGACACAAUCAAGACAGUCACAUCUGCAACUUCUCCUUUCAAAUCAAGUGGACAUUUGCCCUCAGAAAAUGUUCCUCAGCAUACACCCACCACAGGUGAAGUUACAACCUUCACACCAGCACCCUCAAGGGACAGCCACACAACUCAGGUCACUACCACUACCACAGAACUAUGGACGUCACCAACCAGUGCUGACACCAGCCCGGGAACAUUAAGAGGCACAUCACUUUCCAUUAAAAGCACCACUUUUCAGAGCUCUGUAGUUUCAACAACACUAGGCCCAAGAGGACAAUCAACAUCCCCUGCUUCUAGUGCCUCACCUGACACAUCAGCCAUUUCCCAAACCCACCAGACACAAAGCACAGUGACCACUGGAGAACCACAUACCAACACACCAGCCUCCUUGGUAACAGAUACCACCUUUUUGGCAGACACCCUCUUGGUGGGCACAGCUACAGCUUCUUCAUCUACAGCAAGCAGCCAAACAACUUUAGGAAGUGCUUUCCCAGGAAUAUCCACCUCAGAUAAGAUCAAGAGUUUCUCACCAACUUUCUCCAGGGAAAACCACAUAACUCAAUCAAAAACUGAAUUGUUGUCCUCUGCAGCAAGUCAUGACACUACUCCAGGAACCAUGGAAUUGGUGUCCGUUAUUGUCCCCAACACCUCUCAAGAAAUAUCAGCUGUUUCCCAGAAGGCUCAGACUCAAAUUAUAGGAAGCACCAGAGGAUCUGAAGCCAUAAGCUCAGUCUCCCAGGUGACUGACACCUUCUCAACAGUUACACCUCCACCUCCUUCAUCUACACCAAAUGUGCACAUGUUACCAAAAACCACUGCCCACACUCUGUCAUCUUCAGACACCAGCACAACACUUAUCUCCAACCCAGUCAGAGACAGCCACAGAACCCAAACAGCAAUGCCAACUUUGUUAUCUGGGGCAACUGAAGGGCCGACUACUGUUGUCUCUACCACCCUGAGUGAUGUAGCCUCUCAUUCUCCUUCUACAGUUUUGGUCACAAGUGAAGUCCAGAGAACAGCUCCAAGCUCAGCCCUCCAUAAAAACAUGACUGCAGUGACCAUUUCCCCUGUGGGUUCUGUCAGUAACUCCAUGACAAAUACCAUGCAAGUCCCAACUUCCUCAGUGGGUGGGUCAAGCUCACCCAUUUCUGAGCAUCCUGCAACUGUUCAAACAGUAGCUUCUACUACUAACCCUACUACAAGGCCAAUGUAUAUGAGUUCUAAGAAUAAUCAUAACAGUGUUGCUGGAUCCAUACCAACUUUGUCAUUUCAACCUACAACAUAUUCUUCAAUCAAGACCACUCCUGAUACUUCUUCAGUGUCUAAGUAUUCUAAGAGUCCAUUGCCUACUCUACAGCCAUCCACAGACUAUGCUUUCUCUGACUUUACUUCCUCUGGUAAUAUGGGCACAGCUCAGACCAUAUCAAGUUUCUAUACUUCAACCAGUGACUCUUCAUUCUCUCAGUCAGCCCCUGGCCCCGCAGUCACCUGGAGCUCCACCACUCUAUUCACAGGGCACUCUGCUCCUCUGUCUGUUACCAGCACUUUCCCAGCAUCCACUGCAUCCUCAAGCUCCAUUGUGAAGACUCAGACACCAGGAGCAAUCACAACUUCACUGAGGACAGGCAGCCAGAGAAGCACAACAACAUCACUACCACCAACAACCUCCCAGACCCUUACAACGUCCACUACCAGCACAUCUACAAGCAAACACUCAACUGCUGUCCCAGUCCCUACCAAGCCCAAGAAAGGUGUUUCCCUCUUUCCCUAUGGACCAAGCGUUGGAGAUCAGGAGUUUGUCAGGAGGACUGUGGACUUCACCUCACCACUCUUCAAGCCCCAGAUUGGCUUCCCUCUUGGCUCCUCUCUCCGGGAUUACCUCUAUUUCACAGAUAAUGGCCAGAUCAUUUUCCCGGAGUCAGAGUACCAGAUUUUCUCCUACCCCAAUCCUCCCCUUAGAGGCUUCACAGGCUGGGACCCUGUGGCCCUGGUGGCUCCAUUCUGGGAUGAUGCUGAUUUUUCCAGCAGCCAUGGAACCAUAUUUUACCAGGAAUAUGAGACACUCUAUAAUGAACACAACCUGCUAGUCUGGCAGGUGGAGUCUUGGAUUAAAAAGUUCGCACACAUCCGGAACUACAAAGCCAGGUGGACCCUAAAGGUCACAUGGGUCAGUGCCCCUGCCUAUCCUGCCCAGUGGACCUUUGGGACCAACACCUACCAGGCCAUCCUCUCCACAGACGGGAGCAGGUCCUACGCCCUGUUUCUCUACCAAAGUGGUGGUAUGCAGUGGGAUGUGACCCAGCGCCCAGGCAACCCAGUCCUCAUGGGCUUCUCCAGUGGAGAUGGGUAUUUUGAAAACAGCCCACUGACAUUCCAGCCAGUGUGGGAGAAGUAUCAUCCAGACCAAUUCCUGAAUUCCAACUCAGGUCUCCAGGGCCUGCAGGUCUAUAGGCUACACAGGGGAGAAAGGCCCAACUACCGUCUCAGGUGCCUGCAGUGGUUGAAUAGACAUCCCCAGUGGCCUCAAUGGGGCUGGAACCAGGUGUCCUGCCCUUGCUCCUGGCAGCAGGGACUGUGGGACUUACGAUUCCAGCCCAUCAGCAUAGGCUGGUGGGGCCUCGGCAGCAGGCAGCUGUGCCGUGUUUCUUCCUGGCGUGGAGGCGUGUGCUGCAGCUACGGGCCCUGGGGAGAGCUUCUUCAGGGCUGGACAGUGAGCACUCCUUGGCAGUUUGACCAAGAACUGGAGCCAUGGGACUGGUGCUGCCGUGGGAACGACAAGCCCUCCUUCUGCGCCCUGUACCAGCAGAGGCGGCCCCGCAUCGGCUGUGCUGGGUACCGUCCCCCAAGGCCUGCCUGGAUGUUUGGGGAUCCCCAUAUCACCACCUUGGAUGGUGCCAAUUACACCUUCAAUGGACUGGGGGACUUCCUGCUGGUCCGGGCCUGGGACAGAAACUCCUCCUUCCUGCUGCAGGGCCGUACUGCCCAGACCAGCUCAGCCCAGGCCACCAACUUCAUUGCCUUUGCAGCUAAAUAUAACACCAGCAGCCUGAACCCCAUCACAGUUCGAUGGCUCCUCAAGCCGAAUGACACAAUCCAUGUGCAGGUCAAUAACCAGACUGUGACAUUUGAGACUAACCGUGAAGACCCAGAAGUAGUCCCUACAUUCAACACCACCGGCAUUGUAAUGACCCGCAAUGGCUCCCUCGUGUCAGCCAGCUUCGAUGGGACCGUGACAAUCUCCGUGACCGCCCUUUCCAACAUCCUCCAUGCCUCCUGCAGCCUCCCAGAGGAGUAUCGAAACAGCACAGAGGGCCUCCUGGGAGUCUGGAAUGACAAUCCAGAUGAUGACUUCAGGAUGCCCAAUGGCUCCACCAUUCUCAACAAAAGCGAUGAGUGGCAACUUUAUCAAUUUGGAAUGACCUGGAAAAUCAAUGAUACGAGACUCCUUGGCAAGAGAGACAACCCUCUGCCUUCCAACUUCACCCCUGUCUUCCUUUUCCAACUGAAGAACAACCACUCGGGUGAAAAUCUGGUCUCUGAGUGUAAUGGAGAUGAGCAGUGCAUUUAUGACAGCCUGGCCACAGGAAACACAAGCACCGGCCUGAACACUAAGAUGCUCUUUAGCAGAUACCAGCUGAUGAACGCCACCCUCAGUAAGUACCCACCUUCUAUCGAGGGUGAGCAUGUGGUGGAAGCCUAUCUGGGGCAGACCAAGCUGACUCAGUACACCAGCGGUUCUGAGAACGUCAUAUUCACCCUAAGAAACAGCAACACUGACUUCAAGCUCUUUGAGAAUGGGACAUUGCUAUGGACACCAAAGUUGUUGGAACCAUUCACUCUGGAGAUUCUAGCAAGAAAUGCCAAAGUCAACUUGUCAUCUGUACUCCAGCCAAAGACAGUGGUCUGUGCCUGCAGGGAAGAGAGCCAGUGUUUAUACAACCAGACCAGCUGGGUGGGCAAUUCCUCCCUGGAGGUGGCUGGCUGCAAGUGUGAUGGGAACAGCUUUGGCCCCUACUGCAAACGUUCCAGGGACCCCUGUGAGGAGCCAUGCUUCCCGAAUGUAAACUGCAUUCCUGGGGAGGGCUGCGAGGCCUGCCCCCAAAACCUGACUGGGGAUGGGCGUCAUUGUGCAGCUCUGGAGAACUCUCCCCUCUGUCAGAACGUGUCCUGCCCUGUGAAUUACUGCUACAACCAGGGCCACUGCUACAUCUCCCAGACGCCAGACUGCCAUCCCACCUGCACCUGUCCCCCAGCCUUCACUGACACCCGCUGCUUUGUGGCUGGGAACAAUUUCACUCCAACCAUCCAUCAAGAUCUUCCCGUAAGAAUCAUCCAGCUCUCACUCAGGGAAGGAGAAAAUGCCACCAUGACAGAUGUCAAUGCCUCGGUGGCCUACAGACUGGGGAAGCUGGAUGUGUGGGCUUUUCUCCAGAACAGCAAAUGCCUCACUGUACCCCUCCCACACAGCAAUUCUGGGGCAACCUCAGGAAGAAACCUUCAACGCUGGAGUGUCAUCUCGGAGUUCCAGUACCUCCCUCGGGGUCCUGUUAUCGACUUCCUAAACACCAAGCUGCUGGAUGCAGUGGUAGAGGCAUUCUUACCCCAGGCUUCAUGGAGGAGAUGGAACAGAAGUGAGGGGCCCAGGACCAAUGUGAACUUCCAUUCCAUCUCCAGGGAAGAUGUGUACAGUGUGAAGGCUCUGAACGUGAGCAUGCUGAAGACUUACUUCAAAUGCAAUGGCUACAAGGGUUACCACCUGGUCUACAGCCCCCACAGUGGCCUGACCUGUGUGUCCCCGUGCAGUGAGGGCUACUGUGAACACGGAGGCCAGUGCCAGCACCUGCCCCAAGGGCCCCGUUGCAGCUGUGUGCCCUUCUCCAUCUACACGCCCUGGGGAGAACGCUGUGAGCACCUGAGCAUGAAGCUUGGCGCCUUCUUCGGGAUCCUCUUUGGAGCGCUGGGAGCCCUCUUGCUGCUGGGGGCGGUGGUGUUUGUGGUCCUGCGCUUCUGGUGCUACCCCAGGAACCAGUACUCCUACCCUCUGGACACAGAAAGUUGAGGCCUCACCCAAAGGGGUAGCUGUGGCCUAAGAUACUUCAGGACCCACCCCAGCCUCACCCACGUAUUGACCAGUACCUUGGCUUUGAGGAGACUGGGAAAAGGAAGGUGCCUGAAGGUGAUUCAGGAUUCUUCAAGGGAAUGAGUAAUAAUAAAAACAAUAGCACACCUUUUCAGUAGACACAGAGGCAGACAGAAGGGGCCAUAAAGACCACCUACUUAAAGGAUGGAUUCUUACACAUACAUACCUGCAAGAAGGACACUGACCUACAUACACACACAUCAGAGUUAAUAAUG